UUUAAAUUUCUUGUGUUUAGGAAAAAAAGAGAGAAUAUUACGGAGUAUUUGAUAGAAAAUGGACAUGCACACGAUUAUAAAUAUUUCAUUUCCUUAAACAAUAGGAUCACAUAAAACCUACUGUACAACAAAAGAAUGGAUUCUCACUCAACAAUUCCAACCUUUGCCUUCAUUAUUGCUUAUGCGUUUUCAUUUGCUUAUGCCUACGAUCCAAGUCCUGUUCAAGACUUCUGUGUUGCAGAUCCAAAAGCUACUGUUUUUGUGAAUGGGAUGGCGUGCAAAGACCCAAAACUUGUUACAGUAGACGAUUUCUCCAGGUCGGGUUUGAAUACGGCGUCGUCUCCGCGGGCAGGAUUCCCUGGGUGGAAUUACAGCGCCGCUACUGUGGAAGAAAUAGCCGGGCUGAACACGCUCGGGCUCGCCAUGAUCCGGAACGAAUUUGCGGUCGGUUUCGCCAUUCCACCCCACAUCCACCCGCGAGCAACUGAGAUGUUCCUGGUUUUACAAGGGCAGGUCUUCUUCGGAUUUGUAACCGUUGACCCAAUUGACAGUUCCAAAAGCCGUGUCUUUGCCGGAAAUUACAGUGCCGGAGAUGUGUUUGUUAUACCCCAAAGCCUUAUUCAUUUCGGGAAAAACAUUGGUCCUGAAAAGGCGACGACCAUUUCAAUGUUCAGUGGCCAGAAUCCUGGUCUGAAAAUCAUACCGGCCCAGCUCUUUGGAAAGGACUCAGUAAUCCCGGUGGAUGUGUUGUCCCAAUCAUUCAGAGUGUCUGAUGAAGUAAUUGGACAGAUUAGAUCACAUUUCUAAUCUCUUGCUUAUUCUUACAAAGAAUAAUCGCCAAAUAAAAAUGUUUUAGGGGUGCCUAUGAUGAAGUUUAUUAAAAAGUACUCUCGCUUAUGGAUGAACCCUUAUUCAAGGGAGACGGCCGCUCUUCG